CCACCUGUCAAAAUAAAUUAAAGGGAUUUACUGAGUCAAUUGUUGUUUCUGUUUCUCGUUUUAAUUUUGGUGUCUUCAUUUUGUGGGAACUGUUUGAAUUUUUGAGCAUUUGAUUUUAUUCCAAAAUUCAUAGGAUUUUGUACUAUUUUACAUUUGUAGGUAAUUGUUAGGGGGUUUCACAGAAAUUUGCAUACACAUGCAAAUUGAAUUUGCAUUUAGGUUUUCUUCACUGUGUUGAUCUCUAAAGGAAUUUCUAGUUUAAUUCAUUUGUACGCAAUCAGAACGUGAAAGGAACGAACUAUCUUUUUGUUGCAUUGGGCAUUAUUAUUCAUUUGGCCUUUUAAUUUGCACUCAAUGGAGCAGUUGAAAUUGGCUACAAAUUCUGACGCCAAAGAGGAUAACCCUUUGGAGAACAAGCCAAAAAAUAGCAACGCACUUGAGUCUUCUGACAGUCUGAGAAAUAGAAAGAUAUCAGCUCGAUGGGAUCCAGUUGGAGCAUGUCGGCCUAUAAUUGAAGAAGCACCUGUUUUUUAUCCGACUAUUGAAGAAUUUGAAGACACACUCAGUUACAUAGCAAAGAUACGACCCCUAGCUGAACACCAUGGCAUAUGUAGGAUUGUUCCUCCAGCUUGCUGGGUUCCACCCUGUCCUCUUAAGGAGAAAGAUCUAUGGGAAAAUGCUGAAUUUCCCACCCGUAUUCAGCAAAUUGAUUUGCUUCAAAAUAGGGAACCUAUGAAGAAAAAAUGUAGGGGAAGGAAGCGAAAACGUAGAAGGCUCUCCAGAACAGGCACAUGUAGGAGGAAGCCUGCCAGUGCAGCUUCUCAUGCUAAGAAUGCUUCUGAUUCUGAAGAGAAAUUUGGGUUCCAAUCAGGAUCAGACUUCACGCUUAAAGACUUCCAGCAGUUUGCUGAUUAUUUUAAGGAAUGCUAUUUUGGGUUGAAAGAUGCUGAUAGAGACAGAACAGUUAGUGACAGUGACCAUCAGAAGAGAUGGGAGCCCUCUGCGGAAGAAAUUGAAGGUGAAUACUGGCGAAUAGUUGAGCAACCAAGUGAUGAGGUUGAGGUGUAUUAUGGAGCUGACUUGGAAACUGGAGCACUUGGAAGUGGUUUUCCUAAGGCAUCAUCCAUAACAACGAGUGACUCAGCUCAAUAUGCCCUGUCUGGUUGGAAUCUGAACAAUUUUCCCCGACUGCCAGGUUCUGUACUAAGCUAUGAAGGAAGUGACAUAUCAGGAGUUCUAGUGCCAUGGCUGUAUGUUGGCAUGUGUUUUUCAUCAUUUUGCUGGCAUGUUGAGGACCAUCACCUUUAUUCACUAAACUAUUUGCACUGGGGUGACCCUAAAGUAUGGUAUGGUGUACCUGGAAGCCAUGCACAAGCCUUGGAAAAUGCAAUGAGGAAGCACUUGCCUGAUUUAUUUGAUGAACAACCAAAUCUACUAAAUGAACUGGUUACCCAGUUUUCUCCUUCUAUUCUUAAAUCUGAGGGAGUACCCGUGUAUCGCACAGUCCAGCAUUCUGGGGAAUUUGUUAUUACCUUUCCGAGGGCUUAUCAUUCUGGCUUUAAUUGUGGCUUCAACUGUGCAGAGGCAGUGAAUGUGGCUCCUAUUGAUUGGUUAAUGCAUGGACAGAAUGCUGUUGAAAUUUACAGUUCACAAUGCCGUAAGACAUCGUUGUCCCAUGACAAGCUGUUAUUUGGAUCAGCCCUGGAAGGUGUACGGGCCAUUACAGAGCUAGCUCUUGGAAAGGAAUCUCCAAAAAAUUUGAAAUGGAGAAGUGUCUGUGGGAAAGAUGGAGAUCUUACCAAGGCAGUUAAGGCAAGGAUAAAGAUGGAAGAUGAAAGGCUAGAUUGUCUUCCAACUCAUCUUAAGUUGCUCAAGAUGAACAGUGACUUUGAUUUGUACACGGAAAGAGAAUGCUUCUCUUGCUUCUAUGAUUUGCACUUAUCUGCUGCGGGUUGUGAGUGCUCUCCUGACAGAUAUUCUUGUCUUAAGCAUGCUAAUUUGUUCUGCUCAUGCGCAAUGGAGAAAAGAUUUGUUCUGCUACGAUAUACUAGAAAUGAGCUAACUAAACUGCUUGAAGCAUUAGAAGGAGAGUCACAUGCUAUUAAGGUGUGGGCAAAUAAAAACUGUGGAAUGGUUUCUGUCAAUGCCAAUGAGGUUUGCAUAGAUAAAUCAGAUGUUGAGAAAUAUGUCUACAAAACCAAGAAUUGUGAAGAAAUGGAUAGCUUAAAUGGCUGUGAGGGAACCAAGGAUAGGUCAAAUUUAAACACACCAAGUAGUCCUAAUAGUCAUAUUACUUCUGAUAUAGUGCAGUCUGAGUCUCACCCUGUAACUUCUAGCGCAGCAUAUGACAGUAUAGAUAGUCAUAAUGACAAUAAUAGUGAUAAAAAGUUUGUCACCGACAAGGAAUAUAAAAUGGAUCAGGAUGGUUAUCUGGAUUUGAAUCUUGAUGUUUUCUCUGGUGAAAAUGAAAAUCAUGUGCUGGAUAUUGCUGAUAACCAUCACAGCGAAGGUGUUUCAGUAGAGGAAAAAGUAUGCUAUUCAGAGGCCAAAAAGGAAGAAGACAGCAUGGAACUUGGUGGUGAGGGUAACUUAUCAAACUCGAUUUCUGUUCUAAACACAUAUUUUUCGUCAAGUUCAAAGGGCAAUCACAAGUAUUGUACAUUUGAUGGUGGAAAAUUUGAGGUGGAUCUGCAAACAGAUUCUGGAAAGGUUCACAAUAAUCUAUCUAAAACAGGAGCCAUAGACACCACAGAUACUCACAUGGAUUUGACAGAUGAAAGCUGCUUGGUACGGAUGUUUGGUACUUCUGUCGAGCCUAUAAGUUUGGGAUCUGUUGUUCAUGGAAAGCUGUGGUGUAGUAAGCAUGCGAUAUAUCCAAAGGGAUUCAAGAGUAGAGUUCUCUUCUUUAGCAUUCUUGAUCCAACGAUAAUCUGCAGCUAUAUUUCUGAAGUCAUUGAUGCUGGAUUUCUUGGACCCCUUUUCAAGGUUACCAUGGAAGAUUGUCCAAGUGAGGCUUUCACAGAUACCUCAUCAGACAAUUGCUGGGAAUCAGUUCUGAAGAGAUUACAUCAUGAAAUUAAGAGGCGGAGGAGUCUAGCUGAACUAGAAUUUCCUACCUUAGAGCUCUUGAAAGGCAUUAAUGGUCAUAGAAUGUUUGGCUUCCUUUUACCAUCAAUUAUUCAGGCCAUCGAAGUUCAAGAUCCUUGUCAUAUGUGUGUAGAGUACUGGAAUCACAAAGUUGUCCCUUCAGGCAGUGUUGUUGAUAACUUGACCUACGGUUCCAGAAGCCCUUUUGGUGAUAUGAAUACCAAAAUUUUUGGUAUCAAUUUGAUUAAGCAUAACUUUUUUGAAGAGAUGAAACAAAUACUACAAAGGGCAAGCCCUGAUGAGUUAAGCACACUACAUAAGUUACUCAGCUCUGAUGCAUGGUACUGUGAGUGGAAAGUGACAUUGAUGGCACUGAUGGAUGAGAUCAGGAGAGCUUGUCAAUGAGACAUGAAGAUCUCAAUUCUUUCUGAGUCUGGAUAGUUAUAUUUGAUUUAGUCAUAAUAGUUAGAUCCAUUCUUUCAGAGAAAAAUUAAACUGAAGAGUUUUGUGGGUGAAGUGGAGAUAAAUUUUUGCUACUUGCCCUUCAUCAGUGACCUAUACACAGAUGGACAAAGCCAUUGACCCAUUUUCCAACAUUCCUAUACAAUUUGCCUUUUAAGGUCUACCAUUAGCUGUAGCUGCAUUUAGGUUUACAUUAUUUUCCUUUUCUCUUAAAAUUUCUGUAUAUACUUAGAAAAAAUGCUGGUGUUACAAUAAAUGAUAAAAGGUUGGGAAAAAUUCAUGGGGAAAUUUGGUUCUCAAAUUCAAUUGCUUCAGCUAAAAAAUUUUAAAUGUAUGAUUCUAGUCUCAAGUAAAACGCUAUUAGUAAAUCCUUGCAUCUUAGAAUCCAAAGGGGAUGCUUUAAAUA